CAUGCACACGACACCUUUUGCUUCUCUUCCAUUUAACACAUAACUGGCAUAUGAAUCCAAACACGUCUCUCUUUCUCUUUCUCUCUCUCUCUCCCAACUCUUAAGUUCAAAGCUUCACCCCCCAAUGCUUUUUAAACAAUUACAAACUUUGCAGAACUAGAUCAAAAUAAGCAGAAAAAAAAACAGCUAGCUAGUAUUCAUAGAGAUUGCUGAAAAGAUUCUAAAGUUGCACUUUGUUCUUUGUCAUGUGAAGUAUCAAAACUGUUCCUUGAUCAACAACAAUUCAGUACAUAACAUGGCAGAGCUUCUAUUAUUCACAUGUCUUUCACUACUUUUUCUUAUUACUCAAGAGAAUUGACAAAAAGAAAAACACCCUCUAUUUUUUUUUUCUUUUCCUAAGUGAAAUUUUUUAUUUUUGGAGAGUACUUAUUAUUAUGCUGCUAAGAAAUAGAUCAAGAGCAGUGACUAAGCCAAAUAUAAUGGCUGAUCACAGUUCUCAACAAUCUUCCAAUAAUCAAAACUGUGCUAAAAAAUCAAUCCCCUCUCUAUUUAAUUCACCAAAAUUAUUCAGAGAUUUCACCACCACCAACAAUAAUACUACUCUUUCAGAAGCUUUGAAAAGUCCAACUUCAAUUCUUGACACUAGAAUAUUACUAUUAUCACCUUAUGCCUUUGGAAAAUCACUUUUUCAUGACAAGAAAAUCCAAACAGUUUCCAACAAAAAUUUCUCAUCAAGAAGCAUUGGUCUUGCUCUUAUAGGUAAUGAUGAUUCAGUUGAUGACAAUGAUUCUGUUGAACCAAACAAAGGAAGUGUUUUGUUUGGAACACAGCUUAGAGUUAAAAUUCCAUCUUUGCCCUCUCCUAUAUUUUCUCCAAUUGAAUCUCGGUCUCAAACCGAAACCGAAACCAAAACCAAAGACUUGCCAAAUUCAAUGUCUUUGAGUGAGAUGGAACUUUCUGAAGAAUAUACUUGUGUGAAAUCUCAUGGACCUAAUCCAAGAACCACCCAUAUAUUCAAUAAUCAUGUUGUUGAAGAGAGUUAUUGUUGUUUGCCACCAAAAUCUAACUCAUGUUAUGGUAAUUUCCUUGGAGUUUGUUACACUUGCAAGAAACAUCUUGAGCAUACAAAGGACAUCUUUAUCUAUAGAGGAGAGAAAGCUUUUUGCAGUAAAGAAUGCAGGCACAGAGAAAUGGUGAUAGACGGUGUAGAAAGUUCGGAAGAAUAUGAAAGUACUAAUGCUUAAUUUUGAGGAUGAUAAUUAACAAGGAAGGAGAAAGUGAAGAAACAAAUUUUCUAUUAUUCCUCAUUAUGAUAUCAUGACUAGGUUGGUAGUAAUAGUAAUAGUAUAUUUCUUUGUAAUAAAAAUAAGUUUUAUUUUUGUCCAUUUUGAAGGGUAUUUAUUUGUUUUUUUGUGUGUUUGUUUUUGAGCUCUCCAAUGGAAAUAAUAGAGAUAAGAGAGGGUGUUGAGUUAAUUCAAAGUGAUGACUACUAAUUUGAUUGCUUUUGGUUUUUGCCACCAUUGUUUUCGGAUGAAGCAGAAGAUGAUGUGUGAUUGAAAACAUUGUUAUUUUGUCUUUUCUUUUUCUCUUAUGAUAAUGAUGGUGCUGCCUAUUAUAAUGGA